GAACUCCAAUAUUUUAGCAUGAUCCUAACGCACUUGUCAUUCUGAUUGGUCAUUUCAUUCUCACCUGCGAUUUUGGUGUUUCCGUGUAAGAACGGUAAAACCGACUCGUAGAUGAACUCGUCUUCCAAUUCCUUCUGAUCUUAUUUUUCGUAUCUUAAACUUUAUAUUUUGUGUAAGCAGAUGGCAUUCUAAUCCUAUCGCAUCAUCUUCGUAACAAGGAUCCCAAACCCCAACGCUCAUUUCAAGCCAAUCACCUGUACUCACCUUCCUUCCAUGUUUUGUUGCUAUUCCCACUUGCCGCCAGUUGCAUUUUCUCUGGAAAUUUACGAUUUCUUCUAGGUUUGACCCCUCAAUCUUCAUUGACUUCGCACAACCCCAAGCAGGGUUUUUUUUGAGUCUAGCUCUCGGGUCAUGGAUUCUGAACUGGUUAGAAGGGGGUUGGGAUUCUCUCAGAGAAGAAAGAAAUGGCUUAUUCUAUUGACUGUCAUGGGGGUUUCUGGUUACGGUGCUUACAAGGUCUAUCAUUUGCCUUCUGUCGAGAGGAGGAGGAAGAAGUUGAUGAAGCUCUUGGGCGCCAUGAUUUCCGUUGCUGAAAUGGUUGCGGAUUCUUCUGAAGCUAUUGGAGUAGUUUCUAAGGACUUGAAGGAGUUUCUGAAAUCUGAUUCCGACCAGAUUCCCAACAGCUUGAAGCAAAUUUCCAAAAUUGCAAAAUCUGAGGAAUUUUCGGAGUCUCUGGAAAAGAUCACCGAGGCUUUUACGAUUGGGAUGAUGAGAGGUUAUAAAUCUCUGUCAAAGAAUGAACAAAAUGCGGAGGCUGGUUUGGCGAAUUCGAGCUUUACUUCUGAUGUCGUUCAGAAGCUUUUCUCAACAGCUGGGACUGGUUUUGCGUCUGUUGUGGUUGGAAGUUUUGCAAAGAACUUGGUUAUCGGAUAUUACUCGAUCCCUGGAUCAGUUGAUGAUGCAAGUCGAAAUUCAAGUUCUUACAAAUCUGGAUCUGAAUUUCCAGACGUGCCCAGAUGGGUAACUGUGGCCUCCAAUGAGAAAAGCAAAAAUCUUAUAGCGGAUUGCAUACAAGUUUUUGUUAGCACUGCAGUUGCUGUAUAUCUUGAUAAAACAAUGGAUGUUAAUGUGUACAAUGAUUUGUUUAGUGGAUUGACCAAUCCCACGCAUCAGGACAAGGUGAAGGACAUGCUUGUUUCUGUUUGUAAUGGCGCUGUGGAAACUCUAGUAAAAACAUCUCACCAGGUAUUGACAAGCUCGCGAUCGACUUCGAAAUUGAGUCCGGUUUCAUCCCGCAAUGGACUGUCGAAGAUAGGAGACAACCCCUUUUCUGAAGGAGCAUAUCCAAAGAAGAUGGCUAUGGCCAGCUCAAAUGAGGAUAGCCAAAAUGGGUGGGUUGGCGCGGUUUCAUCUACUUUGGCAGUUCCUAGAAAUCGUAAGUUUGUGCUUGAUUUAACUGGUAGGGUGACCUUUGAAACAACAAGAUCUUUUGUGGAAUUUUUGUUGUGGAAGCUCAUGGAUGGUCUGAAGAGAAGUCUUGAUAUAGUUCAUGAUGAAGUUGUGGGUAGGGGAUUGCAAGUCAUCAGAUACUUCAGCGCUAAGUCUUCUGUCCUUGUUACAAUUUGUUUAGCAUUAUAUCUACAUGUUUUUGGUGGCACCAGACUUCUGUUACCUGCAUAAUAUAGAGCCGGAUGAAGUUAUAAAGCAAGCCACUUAGAUUAGAAAGUAUAUACACCAUUGUUGCACUUAGGGAAGGUUUUGUACUUUCUCCAUAUCAUUCAAAUUUUAAUGACAAUGAUACUUCUUGAACAAAUACAUAUAUGAGAACUAAGCAAUGAGUGUGCCUAGAC